AACACACACACGCAUGUGAUUCUACGCUCUCGGUUCUGUAUGGACUCGUUUCCCUUAACGAGAGGAGGAGAGUGAGCGAGGGGUGGGCUUCAGCGGCUGUGUUAUAACGACCGAAACACACUGAAUUAAGCAUAACUUCAUGGCCAAGGUAAACGCGGUAGACUUCCUGAACUUUUGACCAGUUUCCUCCAUCAGAAGUAUUUCACUUGGCACCCGGCGUCUCCUCGGCGUGGGUUGAAGAGCACAAGUGUUCGGCUGCUGAAUGUAGGCCAAAGGGCACGAACAAAAGCGCAAUAACUGAUGACAUGGAAAUGCAACAUGAUCCAGAUUUGCAGUUUAAACUGGCUUAUUCAGAUUCAGAAAGAAUCGACACUGGCAUUAAAACCCAAGCGAGAGGCCAGUGGUCCAGUAAAGUGGAGUUUAUCUUAGCUGUUGCUGGCCAGAUCAUUGGUUUGGGAAAUGUGUGGAGAUUUCCAUAUCUGUGUUACAAGAAUGGAGGAGGAGUGUUUUUCAUUCCGUAUGUGAUCUUUCUGUUUGCCUGCGGCAUUCCUCUUUUUCUUAUGGAGACCGCUUUGGGCCAGUACACCAGUCAAGGGUCUGUUACCUGUUGGAGGAAGAUCUGCCCACUAUUUGAAGGUCUGGGUUACGGGAGUCAGGUGGUUGUCUUCUAUUCCAGUGCCUACUACAUCAUCAUUUUGGCCUGGGCUUUCUUCUAUCUCUUCUCUUCUUUUAGUGGUGAACUGCCAUGGGCUAGCUGCAGGAACUGGUGGAAUUCAGAAAACUGUGUUGAGUUUAACAGAAUAGGAGGGACAAGAAACCUGAGCUUUAUGGAAAAUUCAUCCUCCCCUGUUAAAGAAUUUUGGGAGAGGCGAGUAUUGAAUAUAACCGGAAAUGUAAAUGAGCUGGGAAGUUUGAGAUGGGAGCUGGCUUUGUGUCUCCUGCUGGCCUGGAUCAUUUGCUACUUCUGUGUGUGGAAAGGAGUGAAGUCCACGGGCAAGGUUGUGUAUUUCACUGCUACGUUUCCCUAUGUUAUGCUGCUGGUGCUUCUGAUUCGAGGUCUUACAUUGCCUGGAGCCAUUGAUGGCAUCAACUUCUACCUCUAUCCAAAUCCAGCACGACUUACAGACCCACAGGUAUGGAUGGAUGCUGGAACACAAAUAUUUUACUCUUACGCUCUCUGCAUUGGGUGCCUUACAGCUUUGGGAAGCUACAAUAAAUACAACAACAACUGCUACAAAGAUUGUGUUUAUCUGUGCCUGCUGAACAGUGGAACCAGUUUUGUAGCUGGCUUUGCUAUCUUUUCAGUUUUGGGCUUCAUGGCCUUCGAACAGGGAGUCGAUAUUUCAAUGGUAGCAGAGUCAGGUCCUGGUUUGGCCUUCAUUGCAUAUCCACGAGCUGUAGCUAUGAUGCCUAUGUCUCAGCUGUGGUCCAUAUGUUUCUUCCUCAUGAUUAUUCUGUUGGGGCUUGACAGUGAGUUUGUGGGUUUGGAGUCUCUCAUGACAGCCAUAACAGACAUGAACACCAAUUUCUUCCUCCAAGGACAUCGUCGUAAACUCUUUCUCCUCCUCAUUUGUGUGGGCUGCUUCCUCAUUGGCCUCCUGAUGGUAACAGAGGGUGGCCUGUAUGUCUUCCAGUUAUUUGAUUACUAUUCCUGCAGUGGAAUGACCCUCCUCAUAUUUGCCAUUGCACAGUCGAUAUGUAUUGGCUGGUUUUACGGUGCCGAUCGUCUGUAUGAAAAUAUUGUUGGCAUGAUCGGUUAUCGUCCUUUAACACUAAUGAAAUACUGUUGGAAAUAUAUCACUCCUAUUGUGUGUAUAGGAACAUUUAUCUUCUCUUUGGUCAAAUUCACUCCUCUAAAGUUUAACAACACAUCUGAAUACCCAUGGUGGGGUUAUGCUGUUGGCUGGUGGUUCACCCUCUCCUCGACAUUGAUGGUUCCCAUAUGGAUGAUCUACGUCAUCCUUAUCACUCCUGGUACACUGAAACAGAGACUGCGUGUCCUUUGCACUCCAGCAAGCGAUCUACCUUUGACAACAGAAAGACGAAAAGAAACCCUGUGACUUCUGUGACCGUACAAAGUGUCCUAUGACUGAUAGAGAAACAUUGAGGUGAAGAAAAACAUCCUUGGGCUGUAUUUUGGACAACUUUUGAUAUCCUUAAGUGCCUUUGAAGAUACACAUUCUUGUGAGAUCUCAAGAAGGCGCAAACACAAACUGUAUAUGACUGUCAAGUUAUUGAUUUUUCCUAUCUUAGAUUUUCAAUUGCAAGAAAUUAAAUGUGGAUUUAAACUGAAAAUGAAAGAUGAAAUGAAAGCUCAACUUCCACGUUCGACUGUAUCCAAGGAAAAACUCAGUUUGACGUCAUUCUUAAGUGUGAUAGCAUCAACAACUUACUGUAUCAUAAACAUUCACAAGAUAUCAGUUCUUCUAUGAGAUAGAAAAAAACUGUUUAUUAUCAUGAACCAAUGGACCAAUGUUCAUUGUUGGUGUAUGAUUAGAAAAUGUUGGAUAAUGUGUUAACUUUCAGUUAGAGAGACUAACCAGAGCUGCUCACUAUGACAUACUUUAUGCCUUUUUAAAAGAAGUGCAAGGCACAUUUGGUUAAAUUUCUAUCAAAACUUUAAAUGUAACAGUAUUUUAGAAUAGUAACUUUUUUAUGGGUCAAUCAUGCACUUGCCAAUUUUGUGCCUGUAGUUAAGUGCUGGUGUUUUAAGAAAGUAUUAGAAAAAAUUAUGUUGGUUUAUUUUAUUACAACAUUUGUAAUGCAUUCAAGAGAAAAUAUAUCCAUAUUUUGCUUAGUUCUGCUUGGAUGUACAGUAUAUUCUAUAUUUUACAAUAUGUAUUUUUAGUUAAAUGCAUAUUUUAAGGGAAUGUAUGUAGGUCGUUUAAGCUUAUGUGCAUUUUUAUAACUGAUGCUAUUGAAAGGUCUGUGGUUAAUGUUCUAAUAAAUAUCCUGUUUAAAUCAA